GCCCGGGCGGUGCCAGCGGGAGCUCCCUCCGAGCACAUGGAGGCGGAGGCGGAGGGAGCGGGAGAGGCUGGCCCCCCCGGCCAAGGGGGCGGGACUCAGCGGGGCGGCUCGGCGAGGGCGGGAACCUCGGCAGCUGCUGGUGGUGGUGGUGGUGGUGCUGCUGCCGCCGCCGCCGCCUGCUCAGAUGGGAGCCCAAAAGGGGGGAAGCCGUGCUCAGGGGCGGAGGGGAGCCAGCCGGCGGUAGUGGCGGCGAGGCGUUACUCCCCGGGAUUCGGGCUCUCCGGCGGGUGGGGGCGAGGGAGAGGGCAGGGUUCAUCGGCCGGGGGGUUCCCGAGCGCUGGACCGAGCAGGAGGAGGAUGGAGCCCGUAACCAAAUGGAGCCCUAAGCAAGUAGUGGAGUGGACCAAGGGUUUGGAUGAUUGCCUGCAGCAGUAUGUCCCCAAAUUCGAGCGAGAGAAGAUAAAUGGUGCUCAGCUGUUACAGAUCUCCCACCAGGAUCUUGAAGAGUUGGGUAUUACCCGGAUUGGACAUCAGGAACUUGUUUUAGAGGCUGUGGACCUCCUCUGUGCACUGAAUUACGGCCUCGAAACAGACAACAUGAAGAACCUGGUUCUUAAGUUACGAGCUUCUUCCAACAAUCUGCAAAAUUACAUCAGCAGCCGGAGAAAGAAUUCCAAUUACGAUGGAAAUACCUCACGUAAACCUCCCAAUGAAUUCCUUACUUCAGUGGUAGAGCUUAUUGGUGCUGCUAAGGCUUUACUGACAUGGCUGGACAGUCCCGGAAAGACAAAGAAUGCUGACGCCCCGUCUUUGACGGCCUUUGAUAGCAUCGACCACGAUAUUCUCCUGGGGCGGCUCUCCAAGUUGGACUGUCCUGUAGCUGAAAUGGAAGAUAAAGUUCUUAGUGUAUCAAAGGUUUUAAAUGGAAUUUGUGACAAGACAGUCCGCUCAGCAACAGAUCCAUUAAUGAGCCAGGCAGCAUGUCUUGAGGAGGUUCAUUUAACCAAUAUCAAACCUGGGGAAGGCCUGGGAAUGUAUAUAAAAUCUACAUACGACGGAUUGCAUGUUGUUACUGGAACAACAGAAAAUUCUCCUGCUGAUAGAUCUCAGAAAAUUCAUGCUGGUGAUGAAGUGAUCCAGGUGAAUCGCCAGACUGUGGUGGGUUGGCAGCUGAAAAACCUUGUGAGGAAACUCCGUGAGAAUCCUUCUGGAGUUACACUACUGGUGAAGAAACGCCACACAGGAUCCUUUAAUUUCACUCCGGCUCCACUUAAAAACUUAAGGUGGAAACCACCACUUGUUCAGACCAGCCCACCCCCAACAACAACCCAGUCACCAGAAAGCACCAUGGAAGCUUCCCUGAAGAAAGAGAAGCCAGCUAUCCUGGACCUUUAUAUACCUCCACCACCAGCUAUUCCCUAUGCUCCUCGGGACGAAAAGGGGAGUUUUGUUUAUGGAGGAGGCAUUAAACCCAAGCAACCCCCACCUGGUUGCAAAGGUGCAGAAUCUCCCAAUUCUUUCCUGGAUCAAGAAUGCAGGAGACGAAGAUUUACUCUUACUGAUUCUGAUCCAUUGCCUGGUUAUCCCAUGGAUGCAGCAAAUAUACUGCCAGCAAAGAUGAGGGAAAAAACACAGUCAUAUGGUAAACCUCGGCCAUUGUCCAUGCCUGCAGAUGGAAACUGGUUGGGAGCAGUAGAACCUUUCUCCAAGCCUCGAGCAGUGGGGAGGAAAGGUGAAAAUGCUCUCUGCCGGUACUUCAGCAAUGAGAGAAUCCCACCCAUUAUUGAAGAAAGUUCCCCACUGCAGCAUCAGUUUUCCAGGCCUUUAGCAGAAAGGCAGCUGGUGAGGGGCGCAGACUACAUCAGGGGAAGCCGGUGUUUUGUUAAUGUGGAUCUUCACAACAGUGCAACCAUCCCUUUCCAGGAGGAUGGAGCCAAAAAGCCACCAGUCACCUCGUCGACAAAAUCCUCCUCCGCUGAACCCUCUUUGCUAGUCAGCUGGAUCACGAGGCUGAAGCUAUUGACUCACUGAAUUUAUCGACUAUAUUUGGAUUUUUCUGGGCACAUGGGAGUGGGGGAGAUAUUUUACUCAGUGCCUUUUCCUCUUCUCCCUCCCCAGGUCAAAUGGCCCUGCUUUAUCUACAGAGGUACUUAAUAGUUCUGGAGUUUAUUUUGUUUUAUUUUUGUCCCCUGGUGAAACCUGCUCUUUUCUCACUGUUACUGUCUUAAAUUCACUGGAGUCAGAAAGAGGGCUUUAUUUGGUUGCCAGGAGUGAGGGUGGGAGUGAGGUAUCGCAGGUUGUAGGUUUUCGUCCCUGUCUGCCCAAGGGUGGAAAGGAAUUGACUCCUCUGGAGAAACCAAUCAGGCUUGAGUGGUUUGGAGGUCGCCAAUGUCCUGAAGUCUGCAUGACCCACGCAGAAUCGGCCUCUGCAUUGCAAUGAAGGCUGGCAGCCUUCCAUUUGCUACAGCACUCUGAUGUCAUGGUGGAUGUGCAAACUAUGUAGCACUCAGGAAGAAAAAAACACCCAAGCUGCAAUCUCGAUGAAAAAGAAAGCAGGCAAAGAGGAGACAAACACGUGGCUUCGUUUGUUUGUUUGUUUUUUGUCCUUUUAAACAAUGCAGUGGGUACUGCAAGUGACUUCAGAUGACAACUCUGAGGAAUAAAAGCCAGUUUCUUCCUUCUUUUUUCCCUCUGGACCAACUACGAAUAUAAACCUAUCCAGGUUGAUACUCCAAUUGCUCCUUUUUUAGUACAGUUCAGCUAUUUUUCCCUGAAUUGCUGAAGAACUCAUCCAGUUAAGAUAUGGAUUGUUACAACAUGCCAAGGAAAUGCAUCUCUAGUGAUAAUGGUAAACCUGAAUAUAUCUUUCUGUUUUCUUUUUUGUUCUCUUUUUCUUCCUUCAGAGAAGGACAAGAAAUUAUUAAGACUGAAUAGCUGUUAACCAAAGUGUUCUGAAAAGAACCCCUGUGGGCUUUUGGUGCAUCCCCAGGGGUUCAAGGUUGAACUGGUUUGAUAUUACUUGUGCUUUAAAGACUGGCUUGUAAUAAAUUAACACUUUUAUAUGACAGGUUUGCUCUCUUGAGACAUGGGUAGAAAGGCAUGUUUGCCCUUUGUAGAAGCUGAGUUGAUUUGUGGAAAGGAAGAACUUGUAAAAAUGUGUCAGGAUGCUGAGAAUUUGUUGUUUUAAAAACAAAUGUAGAAAAGAAAUGUUUUUGUUUUUGAGAGAGAGAGAGAGAGAUUCACAAGCAGCAUUGCGUUUGAAAUAAUUUUAAAGUACUAAGAUUGUGCUUUUAUUUCUCCCCCCCCUUUCUCAACUUCAUGCAGUUAUUAUGUUUCCUCUCCUAGAGAAUUGUAUUCUAAUUAACCAGUGUAAAAAGUUACUAGUCCUCAGUAUUCUUCCUUCUUAUCUCAUUUGGAUGGUUUUGUAGUUGCUGGGGACUUAUGCAUCAUUCUGCACUGAAGAAAACAGCAGAUUUUACACUGCUGUCCAACAGUAUCAGUUUGAACUAAGUGAAUUGCUUUGAGCAGUUUAUAACAAAUGUGGUAUAGAUCUUUGGAGGUAUCUAAUCCUAGAUAUGAUGGUAACAGCUUUUUUAGCUGGGAAAGGCAGGUGUUAAUUUAUGCAGAAAAUGGACAGAGUUUUACCAGGAUCUGUGAAUUAGCACUAGUUUCUACUAUUAAAGAAUGUGUAUAUUUA